CAAUGUUUAUCAGUAACCAGAAAUGUUUAUCACUAAUGUGAUAUUAAUAGGUGAUAUUCCACAGCAUUUAACGUGUGGUAUAAAAGCAACGGUUAAGAUGCGACAGGUCAUUGAAUCGACGAAUCUACUCCAACCGUCAUCAUGAGGUGUAUUGUUCUGAUCGUUCUGGUGAGCGCCACGGGGCUCAACGCGGUGCCCUACAAUCCCUUGCUGGGUAACUUCGGAGGUCUCGGCAGCAACGUCGGCGCAGGCCUCGGCGGCGGCGUCAGCAACGCGGCGGGUGCGGGCGCCGGCCUCCUCGCCGGCGGCGCGAAAGCGAUAGCGAACACCGCGCUGGGCUUCGGCUCCGGAAUCGCCAACUCAGUCAUUCCCGGCUUUGCCGGGGGACUCAACGGCGGCCUGGGGGUCACGGGUGCCCUGGGCAACGAGGCCGCGCACUCCAACGGCGCCAACUACGUCGGCCAUCAGUACAACCAAGGCGCUUCGGGCGGCAUGAACCAGAACUCGUACGGUGGCGGCGGCGCGCAGUCUCACAACCGUGGCAACAGUCACAAGAGCCUAACAUCCAUAACAGUGGCCAACUCGGACGACAGCCACGACGUCGGCUCCAGCCAGUACUACAACCACGGCCAGCAAGGCAGCGCUGGCUACAACAACUACGACAACGGUGCUUCCAACAUGGCCAAUAUAUACAACAAGGGUCUUCAAAGGCAGCGUAUCUACGCCAAGUAGUCUUGUCGAUACAAAAGUUACAAUUCAAUCAAAAAAUAUAGCAUCCCAUACAUUUAACCGAUCCAUUAAAAAAAAAUUAUAUCUUCUGAAUAAAUGAUAGUUUAUCUGUACGAUGUAAUAUGGUACGGUAUUGAACAAAUACCUACUAUUCCUCGAAACAGAUAUGCACGAAUUUUAGCGGACACACUUAAAGAUGAAUUUUGUGAAUUAAAAAAAAUAUUUUGUCAAAAGUCCUUAAUACAAUAAAAAAUAAUAUUUGCA